CAAUUGAGGAGCAUAACAUAACAAGAAACGGCCAAUAAUAAAAUAAUUAGUACAGAAAACUCCUUGAUGAAAUUAACCACUUAUCCAAUCCACCACGGCUCUCCAAUCCCAAUGACGCCAAUCCAGUUGACACUCAAGAAAGUCGCCGUAGUAGGCGGUGGCGCAGCUGGCUUAGUGGUGGCGCGCGAGCUUCGAAGGGAAGGUCACAAGGUGGUAGUGUUCGAGCGUGGGGCCCAAUCGGGUGGGACCUGGGUUUAUUCGCCCGAGAUAGAGUCUGACCCACUUGGACUCGACCCAACUCGGAAAAUCGUCCAUUCUAGUCUCUACAGCUCUCUACGCACUAAUCUCCCUAGAGAAGUUAUGGGCUUUGGUGAUUUCCCCUUUGUUGCUUCUGGAAAGACGGAUAGAGAUUCACGGAGGUUUCCUGGUCAUGAGGAGGUGUUGAGAUAUCUAGAAGACUUCGCUAAUGAGUUUGAAUUACACGAGUUGAUUCGUUACCAGACCGAGGUGAGUCAUGUCGGGUUUGAGACACAAGGAAAGUGGAAGGUGAAAUCAAGAAGGAAUGCUGGAAAUGAUGGCAGUGAAUUUGAUGAAACUUAUGAUGCUGUUGUUGUUUGCAAUGGACAUUAUACUGAACCACGGAUUGCUGAAAUUCCUGGCAUUGAACUUUGGCCAGGGAGGCAAAUUCAUAGCCACAAUUAUCGUAUUUCUGAGCCUUAUCAGGACCAAGUUGUAGUCUUGAUAGGGAGUUCUGCGAGUGCUGUCGAUAUAUGCAGGGACCUUUCAAGAUCUGCUAAAGAAGUCCAUGUGGCAUCUAGAUCAAAACCAGAAGGAAGUUUCGGAAAGCAAGCUGGUUAUGAUAACUUGUGGCUCCAUCCAAUGAUAGAAAGAGCCCAUGAAGAUGGUAGAGUCACAUUUCAAGAUGGGAAUAUGGUGCUUGCACAAGUCAUUCUCCAUUGCACAGGGUACAAGUAUCAUUUCCCUUUUCUUCACAAUAUUGCUGCUGUAGAAGUUGAUGAUAAUCGUGUGGGACCACUGUACAAGCAUGUAUUUCCACCUGCAUUAGCCCCAGGAAUCUCCUUUGUUGGUCUCCCAUGGAAGGUUGUCCCUUUUAUCCUUUGCGAACUUCAAAGUAGGUGGAUUGCAGGCACUUUAUCAGGUCGAAUAUUACUUCCAUCUGAAGAGAAGAUGAUGGAAGAUAUAGAAGCUUUCUACUCAAAAUUGAAUGCUGCAGGGGUUCCGAAGCGAUAUACUCAUAACAUCGGUGAUCAUCAGUUUGAUUAUGAUGAUUGGUUGGCUGCGGAGACUGGUAGCCCUCCCAUUGAGGAAUGGAGAAAGGGCAUGUACCGUGCAUGUAGUCUCCGCAGGAGAGCUCAACCAGAGACAUAUCGUGAUGAAUGGGAUGAUGAUGACUGGAUUUCGGUAGCAUAUCAAGAUUUUAAGCAAUACUUGUCUGCUGAAAGAAGUGCUGUAAUUGCCUCUUCUGCACUUUGAGGUAAACUUACUUAUCAUUGAUACAGGAUUAUUGGUGGUUUAGGUUACAAUUGUCUACCCAAUACGGAGAAUUCAGAAGCGGACAAUACACAUAAGCCAGAACAAGAGGGGAGGAUAAUGGAUAUAAUUAGUGUAAGUUGCUGCAUAUAAUUAGAAGUUAAACUUUCCUUAUUUAUUUGUUGCAUUCUCUUCAAUAUAGGGAGUUUGUGCUAUCUUUUCAUUACUGUAAUUGGUAAAGAAGGGGCCCUUUGUUGAAUGGGAAAAUGCUAUUCAUGUUCAAACAAAUGAUUUGAAUCACUGAGUUAUAUUGUGUUUCACCCAGUA